AUGCAACUGAAUGGCUCCCUUUUCGGAGCUUUCAUGCUCCUCCAGAGUCUUCAGCUUGUACAAGCAGAAAAUCUUAUCCAAGCCACCGGGCUGACACAAUGUUCCGACAGUACCGAAGUGACCGUGAAUAACUUCAAUGCGGUAUUCACACCAGCCAACAAGUCCAUCAGCAUUAUCUUUGAUGGCUAUUCGGAAGUGGCCGGAGAUGUUCUUAUUGACGUGGACCUCUUGGUGUACGGAUACAAAGCGUUCACCAAGUCGUUCGAUCCGUGCAGUCUUGAUUUGGCGGUAUUUUGUCCUAUGAAAGCCAUCGAACUGCAAGUUCCCACAAUCACCCAAACAUUGGGCGACAGCGUCCUCUCGCAAAUACCCUCGAUCGCCUACAGCGUCCCCGACAUCGAUGCAGUGAUUCGGCUCAGGCUCAAAUACAAAAAUGGAGGUAAACAGAUCACUUGCUUGGAGACCCGUGUUCGCAAUGGAAAAUCAGUCUACCAGCCUGGUGUGUCGUGGACACUCGCCAUCAUAACCGGUCUUGGUCUCAUCACCUCCACGGUCAUAUCACUUCUCGGCCAUUCGAACACGGCAACCCAUCUUGCUUUCCGAUCGCUUGCUUUCCUCGGAUUCAUCCAAACACAAGCAAUGGCUGGGAUGAGUUCAGCGAAACUGCCACCCUUUGUGCAAUCAUGGACUCAGAACAUGCAAUGGAGCUUGGGAAUUGUGCGGUCAGAUUCUCUGCAGACAAUUGCAACCUGGUUUCAACGCGCCACUGGGGGUACACCCUCGAACGUGAUGACAUCGUCCAGUUCUGUAUCUGUUGUCCUGCAGAAGCGUUCCUCUGUGAUCCAACGCAGAGCCGCAGAGAAAGGAAGUCAAAUUCUUCUUCGCGGCAUUGAACGGGUCGGAAUUCGUGAUUCCAUCGAACUGACCAACAUCUUUAUGACCGGAUAUCUAUUCUUUUACUUCGUCACCGCACUCAUCGUCGCUUGUGUAGGUCUGGUCUUGCUGGUCCGAGCUGUUCUAGCCAAGAAACAGACAUUGCUUCCAAAAUUGGAUCGCGCCAUCAGUGUCACCGCAGAUUGGAAAACCAUUCUCCGCAGUACCUUCUUCCGACUGGCGUGCAUCGGAUACCCACAGAUGUGUAUACUGUGUCUCUGGGAAUUGACUCAUCGGGACUCAGCCGCCGAAAUUGUACUGGCCAUCACCAUGUGGCUGGUGACGACCGCCCUCUUAGCUUUUGCUGCAUUCAAGGUGUUCCAACGCGCGAUGCGAUCGAAACAGCUGCACAACACACCUGCGUACACACUCUAUUCCGACCCUGCCACUCUGAACCAGUGGGGAUUCCUGUAUAUCUACUACCGCGCUCCGGUCUACUACUUCCUUGUCCCAACUCUGGUCUACACCAUUGUUAAAGGAAUGGUUAUUGCCUUCGCUCAGCCUUCACCGGUUGCACAGUCGAUCGUUCUUCUUAUUUUGGAACUUUCCAUGAUGCUUGCAACCGCCAUCAUCAAGCCGUUCAUGAGCAAAGGGGCAAAUGUCGCUGCAAUCACGAUGACGGUGCUUAAUUCCCUCAAUACGAUCUUCCUGCUUGUCUUCUCCGAUGUUUUCGACCAACCUGAACUCAUGACUGGCAUCCUGGGAGUAAUCUUCUUCAUCCUGAAUGCACUAUUCACACUUGUGCUCCUGAUCUACCUUUUGGUUGGUAUGGUUUACGCCAUUUUCCUCAAGAAGCCCGACACCAAAUACAAACCUCUUGGCGACGACCGUGACUCUUUCCGCUGGUCUCGUACCGGAACAACGACCGAGUUGUCGUCCCUCGAGAAGAUCGCAAGAGGCGAGGAGGAUACAGAAGGCCACCCCCACCCCGCGCGCGUGGUCACUGCUCCGCCCAGCGACGAAGAUGUGUCAAUGGCAGCCAGAAGACCAUAUAAUGAUGUUGUGGACCCUUCGCUGCCACUCUUCCCCACCAGCUAUGACCACACUCGACGAUAA